AAGCAUUCAAACAGCCAACCAAUCUUGGCCAAGCAUUCAACGACACAAAAGAGUGCAGGUGUUUUGUGUCAGAGGUAUAUAUACAGGUGCUUCAGGUGGAUGAGAGAGACGGGUGACUCCGACGGGAACUGAGUUGUAUCGGCCACCAUGGCUUCCUCAUCAGUGGUCCCAAUACAGCUGCUCCUCCUGGUCUCCCUGACCGCUGCAUCCCACUUCUAUGGGGGCAGCAUGACUUUUACUGCCAAAGGAAGAAACCCGGAUGGAACAUAUUCAGUGACUCUUCGCUCUAGGGCAACCUAUAGUGGGUGUUUGUACCCCUCCUGGAGUUGUUACAGAGGUAACUGUGGGUACUCAGUCAGUUCUCAGAGAGGGAGACUUGACAGUAGCCCCAACGCACCAGGCUAUAACAAACGAUGGUGUGAAACCGAAAUAGUCAUGACAAGAAAGGUCCCGAAUGACAAACCCUUUCAAAUGAGGAAAGCAGGAUGUUGUUGGGUCUCAACAAGAAAUAAUGUUGGCUCUUGGAGACUUCUGACUCAAGUGGAUUUGGGAACAAGAUCUGAUACUGGGAAACCAAACAGAUCUCCAGAUGUGACCAUUCUGCCUUUGCUGCGAGUUCCACAGAACUGCCCAAGAUCAUACAACCUGAUGACCUCUGACCCUGAUGGGGACCAAGUCCGGUGCAGAUAUGGAACUGCCCAAGCGACAGAGUGCAACAGGUGCAGCCAACCAAAUGGUUUUCAGUUGGAUCAGGGAUCUUGUACUUUGCGCUAUGGCAACAACUCACGCACUGGCACCUAUGGAUUAGAGUUGGUGGUGGAGGAUUUCCCUGAAAGCCCCAUCACCCUGGUCUACAUGGAUGGAUCUAAAUCCACAAGAUUUCCACUGACUGCAAGAAGGGGCAAGCGUUCCCUAUAUGGCACAACGAUAGCCUACCCGUGGUGGUGGUACAGUCCUACCACCAUGCCACCAGCAGCAACUGCAAACCCAUAUCACACCACUCCACAACCAACUCCAGUCAGAUCUUGGUGGUGGUGGCAUACUUUAACAGCUACUCCACCCUCAACUAUGACAACCACACCUCUACCAACUACAACCAGAACCCCGUACUGGUGGUGGUGGCAUACUACAACAACAACAACUACUCCCCCCUCAACAACAACAACCACAACUCCACCAACUACAAUCCCAUAUUGGUGGUGGCAUACUACAACAACAACUACUCCACCCUCAACAACUACAACCACACCUCGACCAACUACAAUCCCAUAUUGGUGGUGGCAUACUACAACAACAACUACUCCACCCUCAACAACAACAACCACAACUCGACCAACUACAACCCCAUAUUGGUGGUGGUGGUUGCAUACUACAACAACAACAACAACUACUCCACCCACAACAACAACAACCACAUCUCUACCAACUACAACCACAACCCCGUGGUGGUAUACUACAACAACCACUCCACCCCCAACAACUACAACCACAGCUACAACCACUAUAUCAACUCCCUGGUGGUGGCAGCAGCAUAGCACAACUACCCACAGGCUCACUACAACCACCAGAGGCACCCGUAGCACCACAGGACACCCUCAUGCUGCCACACCUCUCAGUAAACUUCCAUUGCAUUUCUCUUUUUCUGUGGAUCCACCUGCUCCAUCUUGCCAUGAAGGAGAGUUCCUGCCUCGAUUUUUGCCCCCAACACCCAGACAUGGAGAACAGCUCCAUGCUGAAGUCAACAAAGAGAUGCAAAUCAGAAUCAAAGCACAGGCUACACGAGCAACGCUAGAUAAUGUCAUCAUGAGUGGACCCUUGAACAUCAGCAAGCAAAAGACCACACGGGAUGAGUUUAUCAUCAAAUGGACCCCUGUCCCAGAUGACCUGGGGGAGCGUUUCCCCAUUUGCUUUGCUGUUGAAUCAUUAGUUAGGACUCGUGUCUAUCAGUCUGAGAUGCGAUGUGUGGUGGUGAGCGUUGGGCGGGGGCAGGUUAAAGCUAAUGUGAUCUGCUAUGAGACUUCAAUGAGAGUAGAGGUGGCAAAGUCCUCACUGGAGGGUCUUAGUGCAGAUCACCUACGACUCAGUGAUCCCAGCAACACAGCCUGCAGCUUCCGGAGUCACUCCAACACAACUCACGUGGUUGCCGUCAUCCCUCUCAAUGCUUGCGGUACUCAGAUUGAGGAAGAUAACGAAAACCUCAUCUUCAAGAAUGAGAUCACCACUUUCGACAACCCCAAUGACAUUAUCACGAGGAAACACCUAUUGGAGGUGGAAUUCUACUGCCAGUACCCUAAGCGGGGUAAUGUGAGCAUGGGUUUCACUGCACACAGGAACAAUGUCACAGUCAAGGAGAGGGGCUUUGGUACUUUCACUUACCAGUUUGAAUUCUACCACAGCAACCGCUUCAGAACAGUGAUUGAUCCCAACUCAUACCCACUCGAGUUUGACAUAGGGGAUGAGAUUUACAUGGAGAUCGAGGCCACCUCUUCAGUCAACAACACUGAGCUGUUUGUGGAGUCCUGCAGAGCUGCACCUUAUGAUAAUCCAAACUACCGGCCAACCUAUUCCAUCAUUGAAAAUGGGUGUGCAGUGGACAAGACUGUGGAAAUCUAUUCACCAAGACACAAUAACCAUUUCAUGUUUGGAAUGGAGGCCUUCAAAUUCAUUGGGCUGCAUGACCAAGUGUACAUUAGCUGUGCAAUCAUCCUAUGUGAAGCUGGGAACCCCAACACCAGAUGUUCCCGGGGAUGCAUCAACUCCACUUCACCUCUCAGUCACAGGCAUAUUUCGAAAAGAGAAGCUGUCAUCCAAACCUCAUCGCACUUUAUUUCCCAGGGUCCUCUGCGCUUGAGAAGAGCGUCUGAGAGCACAGUAACCAGCAUCAACCUUAACCUGGUGUUCAUUGUGGGAUGUCUUCUAGCAGCUGUUGCCAUGGUCUGUGGGGUGGUCAUCAGCAAAGGAAAAAUGUCCAGAGUCAGUUAUCAACGUUUGCCAAAUUUUGAAACUUAAACAGCAAUGUGUAGCUGUAUCUAAAGUUUGUUGUGCGUUAGCUUUGAAAAUCAUGCACAGUAUUGAUUAUUUUCUAUGUGGCAGGGGCUCUGGUGUCUAAAGCAAGGCUUUUAAAAUGCUUAUCAAAUCAUAGGUGCUUUUGAAAUAUGAUAUUGGCUAAGAAGAUAAACAAUUAUUUUCACAUUUUUGGCAAGAGAGUUUUUUAUUUAGUGAUGGUCCGUACAGCUGGCCCUCUCAUAAACCUGAAGGAUUAUCAAUCAAAAUGGGAUAAAAACAGCUAAAAGUAAAUGGUGUAUUUGCUACUGGAAGGAAAGAGGUUGCUCAAAACAGCAUGACUGCUGGAUGCUGUUUUGCUACAGUCAUUGAAUACAUCAUAGUGGAGUCUUCGGUAAAGUUCAAAACUGCCUUUUAACAAUAAAGUUAUUCACUGCAA